CCGCCGGCGCUGCCGCGGGGCACCACCGCGCCGUGCCCGCCGCAGCCCAACGCCACGCGCUUCGUGUGCGCCGAGCCGGGCCUGCGCGCCUUCCCCACCGGGCUGCCGCCCGCCACGCUGGCCGUCUCGGUGGAGUUCACCGCCCUGGCCCGCCUGGCGCCCGACGCCCUGGGCGCGCUGCCCCGGCUGCGUGAGCUGCACCUCGCCGGCAACCGCCUGCGCGCCCUGCCCGAGGGGCUGCUGCGGCCCGUGCCCGCCCUGCGCAUCCUCGACCUGACGGGCAACGCGCUGCGGGACCUGCCGCCCGCCGUCUUCGCCGGCGCCCGCCGCCUGCGGCACCUGGUGCUGCGGGGCAACCGGCUGCGGGCGCUGCGGGCGAGCUGGUUCGGGCGCCUGGCCGAGCUGCGCUGGCUCGACCUGGCCGAGAACCGGCUGGCGGAGGUGCCGGCGGGCGCUUUCGGGGCGCUGCGCUCGCUGCGCGCCCUCGACCUGUCGCGCAACCUGCUGGCACGGCUGCCGCCGGACCUGCUGGCUGGGCUGCCGGCCCUGCGGCGCCUCGACCUGGAGGGCAACCGGCUGCGGGCGCUGCCGGCCGCCCUCUUCGCCCCGGCGCCGGCGCUGCGCUACCUCUUCCUGCAGCGCAACGAGCUCGGCGCGCUGCCCGCCGGGCUCUUCGGGCCGCUGCGGCACCUCCGCGUCCUCGACCUGGCGCACAACAGGCUGCGGGCGCUGGAGCUGCCGCCGGCGCCGCGCGCCGGCCGCCCCGCGCUGGCCCUCGACAUCUCGGGCAACCCCUGGGCCUGCGAGUGCCGGCUGCUGGCGCUGCUGCGGCGGGCGGCCCCCGCGCUGGCCGCCGGAGCCCGCUGCGCCAGCCCCGCGGCCCUGCGGGGGCGGCCGCUGGCGGCGCUCCGGCGGCGGCUGCAGCUCUCUCCCGCCCUGCCAGUGGCCACGGCCAGCGGAUACACCGGCGAGGGGCUGGCGAAACUGGAGGAGAAGCUGCCCACCCUGCGCGACCCCUCCGAAAAGGUGCUGGCGGAGACCAGGCGGCUGGUGGCAUCCGCCGCGGCGGGCGCGAGGCGGGCGGCGAGCGGCGCUGUGGGCACGGUCCGGAGCAGCGUGGAGAGGACCCGCGCGGCGGUGGGCACCGUCAUGGGCACCGUUGCCAGCUCUCCAGCCGGCAGGAUGGUGGCGGCGGCGCUGGAAGCGGCGCUGGCCGCGGCGGAGGAGCUGCUGGAUCGCUACCUGCCGGGGACGGACGAGGAGCCAGGUGAGCUCUCCCGCUCCCGGGGGAACCCGAAGCCCGGGAAUGCGGCGUGGUGGCGCUUUGAACUCUCCCCUGGAAAACGGAGAGCAAAUAUAGCCCUCGUGCCGGCAGCCCGCCCGGCCCCGGCGUAUUUAUAG